AAUUCGGACUCGAUCCGCGUCGCGCACUUGGAAAUGGUGGCUGAGUCUCCCAGCGAGGGCUGCUGCGUUCACAAGGUUUCGAACUCGAGACCUUGCUUAAGCUGGAACAUCUUGAGCAUUUUGUUGGGCGGCCUUUUUUCGCUUUCUCUGUUAUUGCCAUUUGCAAGGCUAUGGACAAGAAAAGAGAAGGAAAUUGCCAUUGUUAGUCAUGUCGUAUUCUUGCAGGAUACAGUUAUGGCAGUUGGACCCAAGUCUAACCUACCAACGAAGACUGAUCUCUUUAAACGAUUUCAGAAUUGUGAGCUUCGUUCAGUUAUCAUUGCGGGUGAAAGCUUGAUGAGUUUAGAUUCCUUGGCAAAUGGCAAAAACAGUGGAAGAAUUCAGUGCAGUCUUGAGCUUCCUAAUGCUGCUGCCAAAGAGACUGUUACAGAGAAGGAACAUUAAUUCCCUAGUGCUCUUUCCUGGUGAUUUGCAUUUGGAAAACUCAAUUAAUAAAAUAUAUAUUGUGAGCUGAAAAUAUAAUUGAAAAUAAACCAUUUAUCAUGCA